AUGGAUUCUCAAUACUCUGUGCCUACCCCAAAAACACCACGAAAACAGCUCUCUCGCGACGACCGCCUUCGAAUAGAGACCUUAUACUUUGAUGCUAAUUUUACACAAGCUCAAAUUGCCCUACAGCUUAAUAUUAGCCCUAGGCAAGUUGGGUACACACUCUCCUAUCGCCUUACUCCUCAAAAACAAAAAUGCGGUAGAAAGGUUCUUUUAAAUACACCUCAACGAAAACGACUUAUCGAGUGGGUUUGCGCAUCCGAAGGCAAUAGGAGAACUCGGUGGACCGAUAUUCUAGAUAUUCUUGGGUGGAAUUGCGGCGAAUGGGCUAUUCGAACAGCCUUUAAAAGAGAAGGUUUUGUACGACGAAUAGCUCGAAGAAAACCACCUCUUACGGCCGAGCAUAAGAGAGAUAGGCUUGCCUGGGCCUGGGAACACCUUUUUUGGACCGACGAGCAGUGGGAUCUAGUAUUAUGGACAGAUGAGACUUGGGUUAACCCGGGGAAGCACAAGAAAGCUUGGGUUACAAGGCGGAUAGGAGAGGAAGAGUUGUUUCAUGACGAUUUCCUCGAAAAGCGAUACCAAAGGAAGAUUGGGUGGAUGUUUUGGGGUUCUAUAUCUGGCAAAUAUGGAAGGCAUCGAGGGCUCUUUUGGGAGAAGGAUUGGGAGACAAUAAAUGCCGGCUCUUACAGCGGCCACUCUGCUGCCUUUACAAAAGAGGUUUUUGAGGCUAUUGGGAUAAAGCCUAUCUUUUGGCCAGCUAAUUCGCCAGAUUUAAACCCAAUCGAGACUCUUUGGGAUCUAAUUAAGGAUUAUAUCCAAAAGAACUACCCAGAAGUUCACUCUUCUUAUCCUAGAUUACGAACGGUGGUUCAAGAAGCCUGGGAAUCAAUCACGGAAGCCACGAUUAAGGAGUUAAUUAGGUCUAUGGGUGAUCGAUGUAUAGAAGUGAUUUUGGCAGAUGGUGGCCAUACAAAAUACUAG